UGAGCCCUGGGAGGUAGUAAAGCUGUGGGGUCUCGUGACUUCACAAAAUGUUAACAUAUAGGAAAAAAACGUGUGCAUCAUACAGACAUGUGAGGGACGCCACAACAUGGCGGCCGACCUUGCGCAGCUGACAGAGGUUGCACACACUAUACAUUUAUUGAGUGACUUCACACCUCUCCUUCUUAUUAACUCCCUCGUCUCCAUGACGACGGCUUUUUGAUUGCUUCUUUUUCUCUGUAAAUAUUACUGUCCCCCCUACCUCUCAUCCAUUCAUCCUCCUGCUCCUGAUAGAGGGAAUAAACAGACUCCUCCCACCCCCUCCCUCCCUCUACAACACACACACGCGCACACACAUCUCUCCCUCUUUCUCACUCUUUCAUGCUCUUUCCCUCCCUGGCCCGCUGUCAGUGUCACUCUGUAGUGGAGAUGUGGAGUGUCUUUCUGUCUCUGUGUCUCUUUCUCCGGCCCAAUUCUGCUGAGGAAGUGAUGCUGCUGGACACAACAGAGUCUACAUCAGAACUGGGCUGGACCACCUACCCGGACACAGGGUGGGACGAAGUGAGCGUCCUGGACGACCGCGGGAAGCUCAUCCGGACGUUCGAGGUGUGCAACGUCAACCAGAAUUCCCGCACAAAAGACAACUGGUUGGCCACGCCCUUCCUGUACCGCCACGCUGCCCCGCGGGUCUUCAUCACCUUGCGCUUCUCAGUGAGAGACUGCGCCAGCCUGCGGACGCCGUCGCCCACCUGUAGAGAGACCCUCACCUUGUACUACAAGCAGGCUGACAGCCAGCGGGAACUGGAGAGAACCUGGGCGGCUGAGCCUUCCAGUGGCGAGAAGGAGAACAGGGAGGGCUGGGUGAAGAUUGAUACCAUCGCUGCAGACAAGAGUUUUUCCAAGGUGGAGCCCAGUUCACCACAUCAGUACCAACCCAACAGAUACAGUCGCAUCAACAUCAAGACACGCAGCUUUGCCCCGCUCACACGCAAUGGAUUCGUCCUGGCCAUCGUCGACAGCGGCGCCUGCGUUUCCCUCAUGGGAGUGUCGGUCUUCUACCGCCGCUGUCCCGCCACCAGCCUCUACUUGGCGUCCUAUCCGGCCACCCCCUCCGGAGCGGAGCCCACAGCUCUGGUGCCUGUGGGCGGCACGUGCGUCCCCCACAGCAAGUCCCAGGGGGGCAGCGGGCCUCGGAUGCACUGCAACGCCGAGGGCGAGUGGAUGGUGCCCGUCGGAGGAUGCGUCUGCGAUGAGGGCUAUGAACCGAACCUUAAUGGAUCUGCCUGCUUGGCCUGUCCAGUGGGCUACUUCAAGCCAGCUUCGGGUUCUGUCCCCUGCUCGGUGUGUCCCCCCAACAGCCGAACCAGCCGCGAGGGGUCCAGCGUGUGCGAAUGUCGCAGCAGCUUUUACCGGGCAGCCGGCGAUGCCAACUCGUCCGCCUGCACAACUCCUCCCUCCGCUCCACAGUCGUUGUCCUGGGAGUACGAGAGCGGCGACGGCGGGGUGUCUCUAAGGUGGCGCCCUCCGACCGAUAUGGGAGGUCGCAGCGAAGUGUGGUACGGAGUGGUGUGUCGCAUCUGCCCCUCGGCCACCGUCACCAACCCGGCCUUGUGCUCCUGGUGCGGAGAGGGCGUCACCUUCAGCCCCGUCCAGACCAACCUCAAACAAACCAGUGUGACCCUCAACAACCUGCUCACCAGAGUCACUUAUCUCAUACAGGUGCAAGCAAUGAAUGAGGUGUCCGCUCUGAGCCCUUUCCCAGCUCGUUACACAAGCAUCAAUUUUACCACGAGCCAGUCAGUUCCCAGUACAGUUCCCAUGAUGCACCAGCUGAGCCGUUCACCGGACUCCAUCACCCUAUCAUGGCCCCAACCUGACAGACCCAACGGGGACAUCCUGGAAUACCAGCUCAGAUACUUUGAUAAGGGCUCAGACGUGGACAGUGCGGUCAGCGUGUACAGCGAGACCAACACGCUGACCGUCAGCUCCCUCAUCGCGGGGUCCAUCUACGCCUUCCAGAUCCGAGCUCGCAACGAGCGAGGAUUCGGCCCCUACAGCAACACCAUCUACUUCACCACAUUGCCACUUGAGGAACAUUCCCAGCAGGUCCAAAAUCAACUUCCUCUGCUGGUGGGCUCAGUGAUGGGAGGGGCGGCGUUUCUACUGGUGGUAGCGGCCAUCGUGGUCGUGGUGGUAUUUCGCAGUAAAAGAAGAGCGAGUCCGUACAGCGACAGACUCCAGAGGUACAUCAGUAACAGAGGUGGCAUUAAAUAUUACGUGGACCCCUCGACUUACGAGGACCCCAGCGAGGCUGUCAAAGAGUUUGCUCGAGAGAUUGAGUCGACUCACCUGAAGAUCGAGGAGGUGAUCGGUGCUGCCCAGUUUGGAGAGGUGUCCAGGGGCCGCUACCGUCCGCCAGGCCGCCGCGAGGUGCUGGUCGCCGUCAAGACUUUGCGCUGGGGUGCGUCCGACAGAGAGAGAGGCAUGUUCCUCAGUGAGGCGGGGGUCUUAGGUCAAUUUGACCACCCCAAUGUGCUAAAGUUAGAGGGUGUGAUUACCCGUGUCCCUCCGGCAAGAAUCAUCACAGAGUUCAUGGAGAACGGGCCCUUGGAUUCUUUCCUCAGGGAGAACGAAGGUCAGUUCAGUGUCCUCCAGCUGGUCGGGAUGCUCCGCGGCGUCGGCGCCGGGAUGCGUUACCUGUCCGAGAGGAACUUCGUCCACAGGGACCUGGCGGCCAGGAACGUGCUGGUCAACUCCAACCUGGUGUGCAAGGUGUCUGACUUCGGCCUGUCCCGACUCAUGAGGGGCCUGGACCACAAUAUUCCGACGUACACAGCCUCACUGGGGAGUAAGAUUCCUGUGAGGUGGACUGCACCGGAAGCCUUUCAACAUCGCAAAUUUAGUUCGGCUAGCGACAUCUGGAGCUUCGGCAUCCUGAUGUGGGAAGUGAUGUCGUAUGGAGAACGCCCCUACUGGGACAUGAGUAAUCAGGAAGUGAUGAAGGCUGUAGCGGACCAGUAUCGCCUCCCCGCCCCCACGAGCUGCCCCUCAGCCCUCCACUCGGUGAUGCUUCAGUGCUGGCAGGCCGACCGAGGGGACCGGCCGGGCUUCGAGUCCAUCUUGUCCUCCAUGGACCGCCUCAUCAGGCAUCCCGCAUCACUCAAGACAGAGAUGACUCGAAGCUGCUCACAGCCACUGCUAAGCCCCACUCCCACAGACUUUUCAUCAGUGGCAACAGUCAGUGAUUGGCUGAGGGCGCUGAGGAUGGAGCGAUACCAAGAUGAGUUCGAUCGUGCACACUUGGACACAUUGGACAGAGUCAGCCGACUCACCGUGGAGGUUCUGAGGAGCUGGAACCGUUCCCAGCUGACUUGAGACAAAAGGCAGACUACACCCUGGACUGGUUGCCAUCCAAUCACAUGGAGAAACAACUAUUUAUACAUACAUUCACAGCAUCACUGAGGAGAAGUGAAUCCACACAAGUCAGGUGAAUGAACUAUUGCACUGUCAGUGACUUUAAUAAUCAUAAUUUAUCAAUUAAAAGUUGAUGUUUAAUCCCAUAAUACACAUCUAUUAUUCUGCGUGUUGCACAGAAACAUUUUGACCGCAUGUGUCAAACUCUGGUCCGCCACAUCCUUUUUUGUGACCGACUAAUGCAAAUCAAGUGUGUCUACUUCAUGUUUCUUGCUUAAUGAAUUUGUUAUUUUUAUUUCGGCAGAAAAUCGAGACCAAAAUUGAAAAUGUUCUUCGUUUUUACAGAUAUUACAAGCAUUUAUUCCACCAAAUCCCUUUUUCAACAUAAAUUGGACAAUACAAUAAUUUUCCAUGAUUGGUUUUGAAUUGAAUGUUAAAAAUACAUAAUAACAAUGAUAUGUAGGGACAAUUAUGCUACCGUAAUGACAUCAUAAGGUGAUGACGCUUUCACUGCAUAUGAUUCUCAUAACAGCCAUCAGAGGGAAAUCAUAACUACAAUGUGGCCCGUGAUAAAAAUGAGUUGAAGACCCCUGAAUUUUUUGAUCAGAUCAAAUCAAUUUAAAUAUUUAAUUGCCAAAGUUAUAGGAAUAAUGGGCACAAGUGGGCUGCAAGAUUUGGUAUUGAUCUGAUACCAAGUAAAUACUGAAUACAUUUUCAUGACCUUUAAAUCUUUUUUGCACCUUUUUGAAUUUGGAUUAUGCAUUUAAAAAAAAAACAGGACUGGAUUUGGGCAAGGCUUAUAUUUGAAAUAAAAAUUGUAACAAAAUUAACAAAACAAAAGUGUUUUUAUAUUCAAUCAAAUCUGAGCUGUUUUGUACAUUCGUUUAAAUUCCAGUAAAUGUAUGAAUUUCAAUACCUUAUUUCUAUGGGAUAAAUAUAUUAUUACAUCACGGUAUGAGUUUGCAGUGAGAAACAGAAACUCAAGUAUCGAUCUCAUGACACUGAUAUCGAUUUGUAUCACUAUCAACGUUACUAUCGAUAUUAUCGAUAUUUGGAUCGUUCCGUCCACCACUGAUAGAAGCAAAUGGAUAGCAGGUUUAAGUGAACCAAAGGAAAUCCCGAUCUCAUACACGGUGGAUUUGUGCGACAGUUUCCACAUUGACAGCACUUGACAUUGACGACCUGGGAUCACCUUCACAGUGGUGCCAGCAUUCCAAAUCGACGUCAGCGUUUUUGGAGGGGAAUCACAGUUUGAGAUCUGCUGACCUCAGCAUCAGUCAGACAAGACUCUGGUAUCUCACAUGGUGGUACGACCGCUGGGACAUCGCAACUGAUCUGCACCGAUAGCAAGACUGCUUACAUAAACUCAGUCGAGAGCAGGAAUGGUACUUUCUAUCGCUGUCACUGCACUUGCUGAGACAAUAUAUCACACAUUGUCUCACUAAUGUUUGUGUUAUUUUCAGGCAAGGAAGCAAGAGUGUUUGUAAUGUAAUUCAGAGGAAGUGUUUCAAGCAAAGUACAUUC